UAUAAAAUGUAUUUUUAUGAUGAGUGUAGAGACAAAUUGGCAGUAACAGACUGACACUAACCAUAGUAAUAGGCACUCAAAGCUGUAAAGAGCAUAAAGUUACAUUCCUCCCGUAGUUUCACCAAAGUGACUUCAUCAAAUCUCCUACAAUCAGCUUUCAUGUUCACCACCCACCAAACGUCACGCAGGUUCUGCUCUGCGGUCAAAACAAAAAAAAGCAGGUUGGGGCUUUCACUCAGACCAUUCACAGGGUGAGCAACCUCACAAUUACAACAGUCCCUGAAGGCAGCAUCUGAUCCAAGCGCUCAGGGAGAAAGAAAAAAAAAACUGAGUAGAGGAGAGAGACUAUUUAGCCUUGUACCUCUGGCCUGGUAAGAUAAAGCCUCUCUGAGGGUUGUUUUAUCAACUUCAAAAAGACUGAGCAGCGUUUUUUUUUUUUUUAGUCUUGCUUUUUUUUCUUUCUUUUUUUUUAUGUGUGUGUGUUAAUAUUCUAUUUCUAAUUUUCAUCCCGUAGUGAGCGCUGGCCCGGUGUCACGCAUGGCUCCCCGGGCGGUCUGGCUCCUGGUCGCGCUGUCCGCCGUCCUGAAGCUGCGCUCCUGCUGGGCUUAUACCUGUCCGGCCAUCUGCCGCUGCAGCGCCGACACGUUUCAGUGCAGCAGAGACACUCAGCUGGCCUCCAGGACCGCAGCAACAUCUGCGCUGCGACUAAGGCUCACCCAGCUGCCCUUGAAACAAGUUCCCACUCAUGCCUUCAAGGAGCUGAUCAACAUUACCAUAAUAGAGAUCUCCCAGAGUGACUGCAUCACACACAUUCAGAAGCACGCCUUUUUCUCCCUCCACAGUCUGGCGCAGAUCUCAGUGCAGAAUAUCAACAGUCUGAGGGUCAUUGAAAGGGGAGCCUUCACGGAUCUGCCCAGGCUGGAGUAUUUGAGCAUCUCAAACACAGGCCUAACACACUUCCCAGACUUGACAACCAUAUCCACCCUGGCAUCAGAUAUCAUCCUAGAAAUGGCAGACAACAUGAGGAUCGACAUCAUCCCUGCCAAUUCCUUCCAGGGCAUCACAAAGGAGUACGUCGACAUGAACCUGGUUAGGAAUGGCUUCAAGGAGAUAAAAUCUCACGCGUUCAACGGGACCAAGCUCAAAAGUCUAAUAUUGAGGGACAACAGGAACCUCCAUCACAUUCAGGAAGAUGCUUUUGAAGGAGCCACAGGUCCAAGCUAUCUGGAUGUUUCGUUCACGGCUCUAAGUUCCUUGCCGAGUAAAGGCCUGAGUCAAGUGCUAUCCCUGAAAGCCACGUCUGCGUUCGCCCUGAAGAGCCUCCCGCCGUUGGACGGCCUCGCCGAGCUGCUGGAGGCCGAGCUCACUUACCCAAGCCACUGCUGCGCUUUCCACACGUGGCGCAGGAAGCAAAGGGAAAGGGCCUCAAGGAACUUUACAAAGUUGUGUGAUCUCAGCGACGCAGAAAUGGAGCCCACUGAUGACGGCAUGAAUCUCGUCUUUGACAUAAGCUUCCAAUACCCGGACCUCGAGUUUAGUUGCCAUAGCAGCCCGUUCGUGAUGUGCACGCCGAUGCCGGAUGCGUUCAACCCUUGCGAGGACCUGCUGGGCUUCCCCUUCCUGCGCUGCCUCACCUGGCUCAUCACGGUCUUCGCCGUGGCCGGUAACCUGGCCGUCUUGGUCGUCCUGCUCGUCAGCCGCCACAAGCUGACCAUCUCGACAUUCCUCAUGUGCAACCUGGCCUUUGCCGACCUGUGCAUGGGGCUCUACCUGAUGCUGAUCGCCUUCAUGGACUUCAACUCCCGCCACGAGUACUACAACCACGCCACCAGCUGGCAGACGGGGCCCGGCUGCAGCACGGCCGGGUUCCUGACCGUGUUCGCCAGCGAGCUGUCUGUCUACACGCUGACCGUCAUCAGCCUGGAGCGCUGGCACACCAUCACCAACGCCAUGCACGUCAACAGAAGGCUGAGGCUGCACCACGUGGCGGCCAUGAUGGCGGCCGGCUGGGGCUUUUCCCUGCUCGUCGCUCUGCUUCCUCUGGUGGGAGUGAGCAGCUACAGCAAGGUGAGCAUCUGCCUGCCCAUGGACAUCGACACGACGGGCUCUCAGGUUUACGUUAUGGCCGUCCUCAUCCUCAACGUGGUCGCGUUCCUGGUCGUCUGCUUCUGCUACGUAUGCAUCUAUCUCAGCGUGCACAACCCGGAGCACGCCACCCGCCACGGCGACACCAAGAUCGCCAAGCGCAUGGCCGUGCUCAUAUUCACAGACUUCAUAUGCAUGGCGCCGAUCUCCUUCUUUGCCAUCUCGGCCGCGCUGCGCAUGCCCCUCAUAACCGUGUCCCACUCCAAAAUCCUGCUGAUUCUCUUUUACCCCAUCAACUCCCUCUGCAACCCCUUCCUGUACACCAUCUUCACUCGCGCCUUCAGGAGGGACGUGUGCCGGCUGCUGAGCCGCUGCGGCUGCUGCGACGCCAACUCCGAUUUCUACAGAUCACAGACGGUGGCGUCGCAGCACACCUGCAUCAACAAAGUGGCCGACAGGAAACCUCACUCGCUCAGCUUUUAUGCCCAUCACAUUAAGAUGAAGGGCUGCUUUCUAAGUAAGGGAGCGACAUGACUGUUGGCGUGCGGGCUGGGAACUCGGAGGCAACAUCUGCUCACUGAAGAUGCCGCGUUUGAGAAUUAAGGUGAAGUGGUGGAGAGACUGCUGGCGUCACGCAAAUAUCUGAUAGAAUAUCGUGUGGUUUAUUUCGCAAACAGAAAAUGUUCAUUUAAACCGAGGGGGUUUGAAAGUAAGGGAGGUGCAUCCUCUGUUCUGUACAGAUAUUGUAAAAAAAUAAGCAGUUAGACGGAGAACAAAAAAUAAGCUUGUUGAAGAAAUGUAAAGCAUCUCUGUUUGGUUGUACUCUAAACCAUUGAUCAAUGAGAUAUUUAAAGUGGAUCUAAAAAGUUGACAUCCCUGUUAAAAUGGUAGCUUUUUGUGAAGUACAUAAAUUAGUUUUGUUCCCAACGGUCCAGUCAAAGUCCAGAAGCAAAACAGACAUCUUGACAGACCAGAAAGCACACACUGAAAAUACAAACAUUCUUCAAGUAGUAUUUCAAGGUCUGCAAACUGAAGCGAUUUUUUUUUUUUUUUUUUUACAUUUUCCCCUAAAGACUUUUCCCCCCCAGUGGAAUUGCACAUAAUCUUCAAAUCCACAUUAAAAGUUGGAAACAAUUUUAAAAGGAUUUCUCAUUUCGUUUUUCAAACUCCUAGCAUUUUCAUGGAGCUGUUCACACUUGAGAUCCACCAUGAAUCUAUUAAUGAUUUCAGAGUUAUCCUUAUUGAAUCAAGACUUUUACAUUUGUACAUAAAAAAGGCUUGCAUAUCUUUUUAAAUGGUUCUGCUCAAAGUUGAGCUUUAGCGCCACCUUUUGGGUUCAGGAGACAUUUUGACAGGAGUGUUUGAAGACUGUAGUAACAUCUGAAAGGUAAAACUUUAUACUGAAAUGUCCAUUUUAUUGAAAUAAAAUUGUGGUCAUUUA